AUGCCACCCCCGUCUCCAGCGGCGAGCGGGCGCGCCCAGGUGCGGCGUGCCGCGCCCGGGCGGGCGGAGCCGCGGAGCCUCGCAGCCGUGGGCCCCGGAGAGGCGCUGCCCGCCCGCCCGUGCUGCCGAGCGGGUCAGUGUGUGCGGGCCGCGGGGCCGGGGCACCGCGGGAGGGCGCGGGGUGGCUCGGCCUGCGCGGGGGGAUCCACCGCGGGAGGGCGCGGGGUGGCUCGGCCUGCGCGGGGGGAUCGCGUGGCUCGGGACGCGGAGGGCCGGCGGGCUCGGGGCGCGGCCGUGCGCUCCUGCAGCCCCGGUGCCCGGAGCCCCCAGCUUAGCUACAGAAACUCUGUGCUGAGCAAGCCAGGCAGCCUCAGUGGUUUGUGCCUGUGUUAUGAAUCAUUUGUCCUUCUUUUUGUGCUCCCAGGUGCUGUGCUCUCUUUUUCUUGCCGCAACUCCUGUCAGGCAUGGUGCCAGAUCAUCAAUGUGUCUGAGUCACACUCUCCUCUCCUCACCUCUAUGGAAGGGAUGGGCAAUGAAACAAACUGGAGCAUUUCCAUGCCUUCUGGAAGCAAAUACCACCUCUACAUUGGCUUGGCUUUGGCUAUAGGCUCCAGUAUCUUUAUUGGGUCUAGUUUCAUACUGAAGAAGAAAGGACUUUUGAAACUGGCAGACAGAGGAGUCACCCGAGCUGGUCAAGGUGGAUAUUCUUAUUUGAAGGAAUGGCUUUGGUGGGCUGGACUGCUGUCAAUGGGAUUAGGAGAAGCUGCAAACUUUGCUGCCUAUGCCUUUGCACCUGCAACCUUGGUUACCCCCUUGGGUGCACUGAGUGUUCUCAUAAGUGCUAUAUUGUCAUCCUAUUUUUUAAAAGAGAAGCUGAAUAUUCAUGGAAAGCUGGGCUGUGUACUGAGCAUUUUGGGGUCAACAGUCAUGGUUAUUCAUGCUCCAGAGGAGGAGGAGGUCACCUCACUAGAUGAGAUGGAAAGAAAACUGCAAGAUCCAGUGUUUGUUACAUUUGCUGUUCUUCUAACAGUCGUUGCCCUCGUCCUGAUCAUUGUCGUGGCUCCAAAGAGAGGUCAGACAAAUAUACUGAUCUACAUUUUAAUUUGCUCACUCAUUGGCGCCUUCUCUGUCUCGUCUGUGAAAGGCCUGGGCAUUGCCAUUAAACAGAUGCUGCAGAGGAAGCCAGCCUAUCGCCAUCCCCUGGUUUACAUUCUGGUGGGCAUCUUGGUGCUCUCAGUCAGCACCCAGAUCAGCUAUCUCAACAAAGCACUGGACGUGUUCAACACGUCCCUCGUGACCCCCAUUUACUACGUGUGCUUCACUACGACAGUGGUGACGUGCUCCAUCAUCUUGUUCAAGGAGUGGAGUAGCAUGGAACUGGGUGAUAUCAUUGGAACCCUGAGUGGAUUCUGCAGCAUCAUCAUUGGCAUUUUCCUGCUGCAUGCUUUCAAAAACACUAACAUCACCUGGAGUCAGCUGAUGUCCACUGUUGCCAAAGAACCGUCACUGCCCCACCGUGAAUUUGAAACCAGUCACACUUUGCUGGAGAGCAUGGAAGACCCAGCUUUGGCAUAUGAGGAGGACAACAUUUUAUUCAGUCAGUGA